CUCAUAUUCGGACAUGGAGAACUGGGAAGACGACGAUCAGAGCCCUGUUGUGACCAGCAUGACACUGGACAAUGAGGAAAGUCAUAGGAAAGGUGGUGGAGGUGGUUUUGGGACUCCAGGGGGCAAUAGGGGUCGGGGCUUUAGAGGACGAGGCGGAGGCUUCAAGAGCUUCAGUUCAGGAUUUGACGAAAAUAGAAAUGAAGUUGAUGGUAGCAGCUCCUGUAAUGGUGGUGGAUUCAGGGGAAGUGGCAGCAGAGGUUUCAAAAGUGACUUUGGUAGCAGAGGUGGGCGUGGAGGAAGAGGAGGCCGUGGAGCUUUCCAAAAGGGUGAUGAUGAAGGUAGAAGACGCUUUGGUGGAGGUGGAGGAUACAGAGGACGGGAUGAGGAGGUGUUUUCAAAGGGAUCACAGGAGGAUGGUGAUGGAAAAGAAGAUGGUGGGACAGCAGGACCCAAAGUCAUCUAUAUACCCCCUCCACCUCCAGAAGAAGAGACCUCAGUUUUUGCCCAUUAUGCAACAGGCAUUAAUUUUGACAAGUAUGAUGAUAUUCUUGUAGACGUAAGUGGAACCAAUCCACCCAGAGCAAUCAUGACAUUUGAAGAAGCACAACUCUGUGAGACUCUUAACAGAAAUGUUGCCAAAUCAGGAUACGAAAAGCCUACACCUGUUCAGAAGCACGGUAUUCCAAUCAUUUCUGCCGGAAGGGAUCUUAUGGCUUGUGCCCAGACUGGAUCUGGAAAAACGGCUGCGUUUUUGCUGCCUAUUCUGCAGCAUCUCAUGAGUGAUGGUGCAGCAGCCAGCAAGUUCAGUGAGGUGCAGGAGCCUGAAGUAAUCAUUGUGGCUCCCACCAGGGAACUCAUUAAUCAGAUUUACCUCGAGGCCCGCAAGUUUGCCUAUGGCACUUGUGUGCGUCCUGUCGUGGUUUAUGGUGGCACAAGCACUGGAUAUGCAAUCCGAGAAGUGUUGAAGGGCUGUAACGUGUUGUGCGGCACACCUGGAAGAUUGCUCGACAUUAUCGGACGUGGAAAGGUUGGACUAAGUAAAGUUCGUUUUUUGGUGCUGGAUGAAGCUGAUCGAAUGUUGGACAUGGGCUUUGAGCCAGACAUGCAAAAGCUGGUGAACUCUCCAGGAAUGCCUCCUAAAGAAGAACGGCAAACCCUCAUGUUCAGUGCCACAUAUCCAGAGGAUAUUCAAAGGUUGGCAGCUAAUUUCCUUAAGGUGGAUUAUCUCUUCCUGGCUGUGGGGGUGGUGGGAGGAGCCUGCAGCGACAUAGAGCAGGUCAUCAUUCAAGUCACUCAGUACUCAAAGAGGGAGAAGCUGCUGGAGCUGCUGAAGACCACAGGGACGGAGAGGACAAUGGUCUUUGUUGAAACCAAAAGAAGUGCAGAUUUCAUUGCAACUUUUCUCUGUCAAGAGAAAGUGUCCACUACUAGCAUCCAUGGUGAUCGGGAACAGCGAGAGCGGGAGAAAGCUCUCAGUGACUUUCGCACAGGUCAGUGUCCUGUGCUGGUUGCUACUUCUGUCGCUGCUAGAGGUCUGGACAUUGAGCAUGUGCAGCAUGUGGUGAACUUUGACCUACCAAAAGACAUAGACGAGUAUGUGCACCGCAUUGGGAGAACGGGACGAUGUGGAAACACAGGAAGAGCUGUGUCCUUCUUUGACCCAGAGCCUGAUACUCCUCUAGCUCGCUCUCUGGUCAAAGUCCUCUCAGGGGCCCAACAGGAAGUACCUUCAUGGCUGGAGGAAAUUGCAUUCAGUGCUCAUGGCACCACAGGGUUUAACCCACGUGGUAAAGUGUUUGCCUCCACUGACACUCGCAGGGGUGAAUCAUUCCUUAAGAACCAGACACCACAGCCAGCUGCAGAUGCCGAUGAUGAGGACUGGGAGUAGAUUUACUUUUAGGAUUUAAGCUUUUUUGUUGUGUGAUUUCUGUGUUCUGUUUUACUUUUUUUAUGUUAAAGAAAAGAAGCCUAUGGGCCCAAAGAGAAGUGUGCAGAGAAAGUUGAAUGUGGCAGACCUUGAGCUUAGGAACUAAAAGGAUCCACAGGUUCAGCCUGAUGAUAAGCAGCUUCACGGUAUAAUUUUUUGGUGAAUCACUUAACUGCUCAAUGUGUUUGCACUUAGUUUGUGUUUUUUUGGUUUUCCUGUAGAUCAGUAGGUAGGCGUCAGUGUGGAUUAUUCACAUUUUCAGUAUGCAAAAGUACAUUGAUUUUGUAAAAGCCUUUAACUGAGGGUUGUCUCUGGCCUCUUUAAGUAAAUAAAGCUCUUUUCUGCCAGAGGUUUCCAUGUUGCCUUUUGAUAAAUGUGUGAAG